AUGGUAGACCUCUGGAAUCAAAUUGAUCCAGGAGAAUUACUAUCAAAAGAGCAAUUGAUACAAGAGAUUGGAACAUUGAAGUCAGAAAAUCACCAGAAAGCUACGGUAAUGCUGGUCAUCACGAAAACUCAUAAUGAGUUUGAAGAAACCAGCUCAUUAAAACUAAAAGAGGAUUCGGAUGAUGAUAUCAACGAUUCUAUCAGAAUCUUUAUUGGUCAAGCAGGGAAUAAUUUCAUUUCUGCCGUAGGAGAGGAGGAUACUACCCAGCAAAUGGAGGUCACCUCUUACGCAAGUCAAGAAUCAGCAGAUAAAAUGGAGAAUACUGACAACGUUUAUUAUAUCACGAAUACGGGUACCUCGAGAUAUAUCAUCACUAAGGAAUUCCUAGAUGAUACCGGAUAG